UCAGUUACUUUGAAUUGAAAUAAAAACUGCAGCAAACUUCAGACGCUGGCUUUCAGUGCAGACUGAACCAGACCUGGGACCUUUUUUUCUCCUUUUUUCCCCUGCCCCUCCUUUGUGUAGGCUGGGAGAGGAACUCCUUGCCUUUUGAACAUUAACUCGAGGAGGAAACAAUGGCUAAGUUCUGGCUGUGUGCAGCUCUUGGAUUUUACUUGUUGCAGCUUUGUUCAGCCCAGAUAGGUUUGAAUAUAAGUUGCAGAUAUGGAGGCGUUUUCCAUGUGGAAAAGAAUCGCCGCUACAGCCUCACAAGAGACGAGGCGGUUGAACUCUGCAGAGCCCUCAACAGCACCAUCCCAACGUGGGAGCAGAUGCAGAGGGCCUACAAUAUUGGGCUUGAAACUUGCAGAUAUGGUUAUAUAGAAGAUAAAGUUGUACUUCCUCGACAUACCCCUUACCAUCUCUGUGCAGCAAAUACCACUGGGAUUUACAUACUUAUGUCAAAUAUAUCUGACCGAUAUGAUACCUUCUGCUUCAAUGCAUCAGAACAAAGUGAUAUGAAUUGUGACCCAGUGGUAAAGUUAUACUCGGUUUGGCCGAAUAAUGGAAGCCAUGGAAUGGAAACAAUAGAAAUUUUCAACACUGAUGGCUCGCGCUUCCUGGACGGAAAGAGAGUCACAGAGCAGCCUCCAGUGACUGACGACGACAGCAGUGUAGGCAGUGGUUCUGCAAAUGACAGAAUAACAACAGAUCCCACUAUCAUCAGACAUGGUAUCUCCCAGUAUCCUUAUCCUCCAGAUGAUGUUACCCGAAAAUACCAUAUUGAUGACUAUGAUCCUGACGACAAGCAUCCUGAAGACAAACAUCCUGAAACUACGAAAUUAGACUCAUAUGAGAAAGAAGAAAAUUCAGCAGAAAAACACAGAACAUCAGAAGAGGAUAAGAACGAUAACAAGGCUCAUCUUUCUACUAGUAUCACUGCAGAAAUGUCAAGUAAAGAAAAGCAUCAUGAAAACUCUACACAAGGUCAGCAAACUCCAGAAGAUUUACCUUUAUGGUGGCCAUCUGAAGAACAUAAAGGUGUGCGCAACACAACCUCCAGGAACGAUGAGAGUUCUGAAGAAAAUGAUGAUGAGGAUGAUGAUGAGGAUGAUGACGAACAAGGGUCUGGGAACAUAAUUCCUGAAACAGGUCUUGAGUGGAACAACAGUGGUGACAUGGAACCUCAGCCAUCCAAUACGACAGCUGUGGUCUCCAGCAGAGAUGUCAAACACGAAGACUCAACCCACGAUUCAUUGGUACAUGGUCUACCCUCUGGAAGGGACAAUGAAGUCACAUAUUCAACAAUUGGCACAAGGGAGGAUGUGCCACCUGGAACUGUUCCUCCAGGUGAUAAGGAACAUUAUUCAACAACUACUGCUGUGUCCUCCAGUGAUGAUUUCUUCAAGCAGGAAGACUCAGAUCAACAUUUCCCUAAUGGGACUCACCCUGGAUUGGAAACUGAAGCCCUGGAACCUACAACAAAAAGCCCUUCUGAUGUAUUGCAUCCAGAACAUGUUCCCUCAAUUGAAACAGAGGGAACUCUGCAAGAAGAAACUUUUCAUCAUACAGGUAUCCAUCUAAAUAAUGAAUUAUCACAUUAUGAUUCAAAAGCUGAAGCAAAAAUCUUAAUGUGUAGGAUCUUACCAAAACACCCACAUAUAUCUGAGCUAUUAUUUACUAAACACAUGAAAAGUGGGAAGGUAUUUAUUCCUGCUUUAUUUAUCAUCACCACAACAGUUAAACCCUUCAAUGAAAGUACCGAACAUGAAGAAUCACAUCAAGAUCAGCUAUCAGGUAUCUCUGAAGAGAGGAGCAAAAAAAGCCCUACAACAAACAGGACAAUACAUGAUGUCCUAGAAAUACUUACCCCUCCAAGUAAGAAUGAACAUGAAAAUGAGUCUUCUCAGACAGAUAUGGAGACUAAUGAUGAGAUAAAACAUGAAGAAACUACUCAAAACCCACUACCAGAUGGUGUGUCUUCUGAAUGGGACAGUGAAGAAACAUAUCCCACAAACACAUCUGGCAAGCCGAUGCUACCUGGAAUUGUUCCUCAGAGAGAAUAUGAGCAAAACAAUGAAUCCAUUUAUACAGUUGUGGAUGCUGCUGGUGGCACUGAACAUGAAGAUCCUUCUCAUGAUAUAUUGAUCCAUGGGCUUCAUCCCUCUGGGAGCAGUGAAGAGAGAGAUCUUGCAAACACAUCUAGAGAUGGUGUUCUCCCUGGCAUUGUUUCUCCAAGUGAAAGCAAGCAUAAAAAAGAUUUGGAAACAUCUAAAACAGAAGUCGUUUCUGGGGGUUUUAAUCACUCUGAAGAUUCUACUCAUGACACAGUAUUGCACGAGGAACAUUCUGAAUGGGAUGGUGAAGAAAAAUAUCUCACAAACACAUCUGAAGUUCAUUUACUACCUGGAAGUUUUCAUCCAGCUGAAAGUGAGCAUGAAAAAGAACCUUCAGAUACAGUUAUGGGAUCCAAAGAUAAUGCCAUAUCCAAAGAUGAAGAUGCUACUCAUGAUUCAAUUAUGCAUGAAGUGCAUCAUGAAUGGGGUAAAGAAGACAAAGUUCUCACAAAUGGCACAAAAGAUGAAGAAUCACUAGGAAUUGUUCCUCCAACUAAACAGAACUAUGAAGAGAAAACCAUUGAUACAGUUGUCAUUCACAAUGAUCAUGAAGACUCAACUCAACAGCCAUUACCUCCUAUUCAUCAGCCAGGCUGGGACACAGAAGAAAAAUAUCUCAGUAAUACUUCUAGAGAUGGUGUACUCAUGGGAGGUAAUGAAAAUGAACACGAUCUUUUACAUACAGAUGUGGUCUAUGAUGGGACCAAAGAAGAUUCCACCCCAGAACCUGUGAGUCACUGGGGUAGUGAAGACCAAUACACAACAAAAUCUACAGCGGAUAUCUCAUUUCCUGGAAUUGUUCCUCGAAGAGGAAUAAAUAAAAAAAAUAAAACCGAUCAUACAGCUGUGGUCUCCAGAGAUGGAGCCAAAUCAACAGAAGAUCCACAGUUGCAUGGAUGGAGCAAUGAAGAUGAACGUCUUGUAAACAAUACUCAGGAUUAUAUCAUACCAGGAGUUUUUCCUGAAAUGGACAGUGGUUCUGACAGACCUCCAUCUCCUACUAUUGCUAGUAAGAGUCCUGACUCUCAUAAAAACGGGAACAGAGGGGCUGUGUCAGACAAUGACUCACCUGUUCCAGGAGAGCCACCAAAAAGCCAACCACGCAGGGCUCACAUACCAGACUGGCUUAUUGUAGUAGCUUCCCUCUUGGCUCUGUCAUUGAUACUUGGUGUUUGCAUCGCUGUUAACAGUCGAAGGAGGUGCGGGCAGAAGAAGAAGCUUGUGAUCAACAAUGGCAAAGGAGGCAUAGAGGAGAAAAACAUGGGUGGAUUGAACGGAGAAGCCAGUAAAUCUCAUGAAAUGGUUCACUUGGUACACAACGAGAAGCAAGGGGACCACACAGGGCCACAUGAUGAAUUCCUGGCAAUUGAUGAGACACAGAACCAACAAGAUGUGGCCUUAAAGAGUGGCAUGUAAGACAUCUAUGCCAGUCCAGUUGGAUCAGAGUUCAGAGAAAAAAACCCCCGCAUGGAACUGGGACUAGAAUUCACAAAUGCAAUGAGCUACUGAAGUCUUUGAAUUAAGCAUACAUUUUCUUCUUUCUCUGUUUUAAUGGUCAGGUACAAGAUAAACUGUCAUUUUACUUUGUCUGACAUUGCAUAAUUUUGCCCAGUUCAAGUUGGUGAGUACCAUGUUAGCAGUAUCACGUGUCUCCCAAAUCCAGUGUAUUAUCUGGUAAGGUGGAAUACCAGCUAUGACUUAUUUCCCCCACUUGCACAACUUUCCCUCUUAGUGGAGUCAUCAGAACCUAUAGCCACUAAGACAUUAAGAGCUCAAUCCUAUGUAUGGCUGGGACAUGGUGGGAGUGUAGACCUUUUUCUGUCUCUGAACAUGCAUAAGAUUGCUUCUUAAAGUACCAAGCAUGUCAGGAAAGCUUCAGAAGGGCAGGCUACCUAGACAGUUGACAUUAAUCAGACAGCAAACUUCAGGGCAGAAUUUCUAUUCUCUUAGCCCCUAAGGACUGUCAUUUCUUGAUGUUCUGGAAUUGUGUGCUACAGUGAUUACAUGCAGAAAGACCGAUUUAUCCAAACAUUCAGCAGAUGUUCAGCAAACUUUUUUUUAAUAGGGUGGAAAAACAAGGAAGAAUAAAACUGAUUUUAUAGCAAAUAAAUUUUAUUCUCUAUAAUCUAAA